AUGGCGGCGGCGGAGCGGAGCCGCUCCCCCAUGGCGGGCUCCCCGGUGCCGGCCUGCAUGUUCGCCCCGGAGCCCGGCUCGCCGGGCGGGGGCCCGCGCAUCGCGGCGGCCGCCUGUCCGCUCCGCGACGCCUUCGACGCCGAGGAGGGCGAGGCGCUCAACGGCGAGCCCGACAUCGACCUCACCAGCAAGCUGGUGAUGGUGAGUCCGACGUCGGAGCAGUACGACAGUUUGCUGCGGCAGAUGUCAGAGAGAAUCGACGAGGGAUGUGGGGAGACCAUCUAUGUCAUUGGGCAAGGGUCAGAUGGCACCGAAUACGGCCUGAGCGAGGCGGACAUGGAAGCGUCCUACGCCACGCUGCAGAGCAUGGCGGAGCAGAUGGAGGCCGACGUGAUCCUGCUGCGGGAGCACCAGGAGGCCGGGGGCAGGGUGCGCGACUACCUCGUCCGCAAGCGCGUGGGUGACAACGACUUCCUGGAGGUCAGGGUAGCAGUGGUGGGAAACGUGGAUGCAGGAAAGAGCACGUUGCUGGGGGUCCUGACACACGGAGAACUGGACAACGGCCGAGGCUUCGCUCGGCAAAAGCUCUUCCGACACAAGCAUGAGAUCGAAUCAGGCCGCACCAGCAGCGUGGGCAACGAUAUCCUGGGCUUCGACAGUGAGGGCAACGUGGUGAACAAGCCGGACAGCCACGGUGGCAGCUUGGAAUGGACCAAGAUCUGUGAGAAAUCCACCAAGGUCAUAACUUUCAUUGACCUUGCUGGUCAUGAAAAGUACCUGAAAACCACCGUCUUUGGCAUGACUGGCCACUUACCUGACUUCUGCAUGCUUAUGGUCGGCAGUAACGCUGGGAUUGUUGGAAUGACCAAGGAGCACUUGGGCCUGGCGCUAGCACUCAAUGUUCCUGUCUUUGUUGUGGUGACCAAGAUUGACAUGUGUCCUGCCAACAUCCUCCAAGAAACCCUGAAGCUGUUACAGCGACUGCUGAAGUCCCCAGGGUGCAGGAAGAUUCCCGUCCUGGUUCAGAGCAAGGAUGAUGUCAUUGUAACAGCCUCCAACUUCAGCUCAGAGAGGAUGUGCCCGAUUUUCCAGAUUUCGAAUGUCACUGGGGAGAACCUGGAUUUGUUGAAGAUGUUUCUUAAUCUCUUGUCUCCACGGACCAGUUACCGAGAAGAAGAGCCAGCAGAAUUCCAGAUAGAUGAUACUUACUCUGUCCCGGGCGUAGGAACAGUUGUGUCUGGGACAACACUAAGAGGCCUAAUCAAGCUGAAUGACACCCUGCUGCUUGGGCCAGAUCCCCUUGGCAACUUCCUGCCUAUUGCUGUCAAAUCCAUCCACCGCAAGAGGAUGCCUGUCAAAGAGGUGCGCGGAGGCCAGACUGCCUCCUUUGCUCUGAAAAAGAUCAAGCGUUCUUCCAUACGGAAAGGCAUGGUAAUGGUGUCCCCCCGCCUGAACCCACAGGCGUCUUGGGAGUUUGAAGCAGAGAUUCUAGUUCUCCAUCACCCCACAACCAUCAGCCCGCGCUAUCAGGCCAUGGUGCAUUGCGGCAGCAUCCGCCAGACGGCCACGAUCCUCAGCAUGGACAAGGACUGCCUGCGCACGGGGGACAAAGCCACCGUGCACUUCCGCUUCAUCAAGACCCCCGAAUACCUGCACAUAGACCAGCGGCUGGUCUUCCGCGAGGGCCGCACCAAAGCCGUGGGUACCAUCACUAAGUUACUCCAGACCACCAAUAACUCACCAAUGAACUCCAAACCACAGCAGAUAAAGAUGCAGUCCACAAAGAAGGGAGCACUUACGAAACGAGAAGACGGUGUGUCCCCCCUUGGGACAGCAGCUGGGGGGCCACCAGCUGGGGACGAGGCCCCCUCCACAGCUGCAGCACCAUUGACACCUACUGCCCUGCAGCCACCGUCAAAAGUUGGAGGAGGAGGCCGGCGACGCGGGGGUCAGCGCCAUAAAGUGAAGUCUCAGGGAGCCUGUGUGACUCCUGCCAGUGGCUGCUGAACCCCUCCUCCUUCUGAGGAAUUCCUCCCCUUCCCUUCAUUUCUUAUCCAAAAGAUCCAGAGCAGCUUAAACCAAAACCCAUCCCAGCUGAUCUGCUGCAGAAGAAUCUCCUCCCUGCUCCCCAAAGGAAAUGACGGAGAGGAACAUAACUUAUAAGCUAAUGAAGGUGAUAAGACACAGAACUGAGCAACAGACACCUUCCUCCUCCCAUAUCAACACAUUUUUUACAUCAUGAGCUUAGUUUUUAUUAUUAGUUUUUAUUAUAUUUUGUGUGCAUGAAGAUGCAAGGAAAGUCUGGGUGGAACUGAGAAGAGCCAGUUAGCUGCCUCCCUCCUCCCUCACACCACUCUGUCUAGAGGACUUGCUGCUCUCUCCUAUAUGCUGUUUCAGAUGCAGGGGCGACGAAACACAUGAAAUCUCAGACUUGCAAGUGUUAAAGCACUUAAACUUAUUGUUAAAACAAUAGGAUGGCUCCACAUGGUCUUGGUUCCUCACCUACAUGGUUCUGUGCCAAGUAUGUUCUGGACUCUCCUCACCUUCUAAGUUUCUAAGUGGGUUACUUUAAUGUUAUUAGUCACUGAAGUUUGAAGGUAAGGAAACUUAUCAGAUGAAGGUUUAAGAGCAAAAUUAGAAAGCAGUUCUUGAUCUUAAGUUGAGGUAUCCUCUACUAAAUAUCCUUAAAUACAUUAACMGGAGUUAGGAUUUUCAUUAGAGACAGGAAUAAAUGGGCAGUCAUUUGCCCAUCCUGUUCCUCUUUCCACCCUGCUGCUUCUCCUGUUGUUUGUUCAGUACUGAGAGGAGCACAUCCUACUUGCCUCUAAGGCUGUAGCAGCACAAUUAACAGUAUUAAGGAUGUGGUGCAAGAACACUCAGUCUGUCCCUUGAGCCAGAGAAAGAGCCUUCUCACACUGUUGGGCAGCAAUCCCAGGUAGGAAUACACCUUUGGAGCAGAGGCAGCAGGCAAACGUUGUCUUCCCGUGGCUCUGCCUACUUCAAGAUUUCCCACCUCUCUUCUGGAACUCGCUGGCCAAGCCAUGCCCUGACAAAUCCUACCUUGGAUUUGUCAUGUCUCCUCCUGGACAAAGAGGGCAAUGRUGAGUUGGUACCAAAUUUGAAGUACUUCCA